AUGGCUAAAGUUAUAAUUUCUGUUUUAGCAGGAAUAGCAUUUUCGCUCGGAAUUAUAACGGCCUUAAACUACGGUGUUUACUUUGUAAAGGAAUCAAACUCUACGGCAACUGAUGGAAUAAAUGACAGUUAUAUAUACAUAGCAAAUCAAAGUGGCAUUACUGUAUUAUCAAAAGAUGAUGAACCAUCGUAUGGAUUAAAUCUAUCAUAUAAAACAGAUACCAUGAAAAAUGUGUUACACUUGAAGACACAAAUACUAGAAUAUAAAGGAAUUUGCCAAGUAAACGGUCUAAUAUUUAGUUUCCAGUUCACUGAUGUCUACCAAAAGAUUUAUUCAAGCUUCUUUGUGAUAGUGAUAGUUGUUGUGGUUGUUCUAUAUAUUCUUAUUUAUAAAUUCGUCUCUGUAAGGAGAGCCAAAAGACGACGCAUGCGCAGUCAAAGGUCAAUGUAUUCCUCGUAUAAAGAUCCACCUACAACAUAUGUGAAUACGAGAGCGUCCAUAAAUAAUGGAAGUAUUAAAACAGAGGUUGACAUGACCAGUGUUGUCGACGAACCACGCCCGAAAACAGAAAAGACUGCAUUUCUGAGAAGAAUGACUAUCAGAGAAAAGGGUCUUGUAGCCAACAUUCGGACCGCUGCCAUGCUUUUUGUCGUAACAGCUGUAUUUAUAAUAGUGUUUCUACCGGCGUGGCUAAUGGCACAUGAAGUGCUGCCAUACAAUAUGCUCAUCUUCUAUAUGUACUUUUUCUACAAUGUCGCUAAUCCAAUAAUUUAUGCCUUUAUGAACAAAGCAUUUCGCAGAGAUCUUAAAGACGUCAUAGAGUGCCGGGUUUCGCAAUGA